GACACCCCAUCGCCGCCGGCUCUUCCCCGUCGUCGUAUCCGUAUCCCACCAACCCUCCCACCCACCCACCCACCUCGUGCUCCUCGUGCGAUGGAGUCCCUCCUCGCCUCGCCCUCUGUCUACAGGGCUUCCUUUCCCUGCGCCUCCUCCGCCUCCCGCUCCCCGUCGCGGGCUCGCCUCGCCGUCACGCCCGCCGGCGCCGGCGCCCGCGCCCGCGCCCGCUCGCUCCUCCGCUGCGGGGCCAAGGACUCCAUACUCGAGGAGCUAGCGCAGGACGACAUGGUGAACGCGGUGGAGCUAGCGCAGUGGGAGAACGGCAAGUCGAUCAACGACAUAGCGGCUAGUCAAGGGAUCCGCAUCCGCAGGCACUGCCGUCCCAAUGUCCCCUUGAAGGAGAUCGAGGAGGAGCUGGGUGCUCCCCGCAACAUCCUGGAGAAGAUCAUUUGGGACAAGGAGGUUGAGGUAGCCGAGGGGCAUGCCAAGAAGCCUCUCAAGGAGGUGAUUGAGGCUGCAGGGCAGGCUCCUCCUGCAAGAGACUUCUACGGUGCUUUAGCAUCAGCCUUCAAGCGCAAUGGUAUGCCAGCGUUGAUCGCUGAGGUCAAGAAGGCAUCGCCAAGUAGGGGUGUGCUCAGGGAGAACUUCAAUCCUGUUGAAAUUGCUCAGGCUUAUGAAAAGAAUGGUGCUGCAUGCUUGAGCAUCUUGACCGAUGAGAAGUAUUUUCAGGGAAGUUUUGAAAAUCUCGCAAAGGUGCGGAAGUCAGGAGUGAAGUGCCCUCUCCUAUGCAAAGAGUUUGUCAUCGAUAAAUGGCAGAUCUAUUAUGCCCGCUCUCAGGGCGCAGAUGCAAUUCUGCUUAUUGCCGCUGUGCUACCUGAUCUCGACAUAAAGUACUUCCUUCGCAUAUGUAAGGAGUUGGGAAUGACAGCUCUUAUUGAGGUUCAUGAUGAAAGGGAGAUGGAGCGUGUGCUGAAUAUAAGUGGAGUUCAGCUUAUUGGCAUCAAUAACCGCAGCCUUGAAACAUUUGUUGUCGAUACUUCAAACACAAAGAUGUUGCUAGAUAUGCAUGGUGAUACCAUCAGGGAGAAGGGAAUAUUGGUUGUUGGCGAAUCAGGGCUGUUCAACCCAGAUGACGUUGCUUAUGUGCAAAAUGCUGGAGUUUCCGCUGUUUUGGUGGGAGAAUCCCUGGUCAAGCAAGACGACCCUGGACGAGCCAUUGCUGGGCUCUUCGGGAAAGAACUUUUGCAUUGAGAAACAAAUUCGUAUAUGUUUUUGGUAUAGCGUAGCAGCUGUUUGUUGUUAGCCUGAACUGGAAGAAGAUUAAUAAAAUGUGAGCAUUAUUAGCAUUAGUAUAUGGUAUGAAAACAAAAUAAAAAUAAUGUUCGCCUGUA